AUGGAAGACCAAUCAGAGGCAGUGGCAGAUUACUACUGGUUGGAAUUUUCACCCCAAAAUGGCAGCCACGCAACCGAAGCGUCACCUAGUGGCUGUUACCCAAAAAGCAUCAGAGUUUCGCCUCUUGGUCUAUCCUCUUUGGAACUGUUUAUAAUCAAACUGGAUGUGAAGCACUAUUCUCCAGACGAACUGAUGGUCAAGAUCAAUGAUGAUUUUAUUGAGAUUCAUGGGAAACAUGAUGAACGGCAGGACGAGCAUGGCACUGUGGCAAGGGAGUUUUACAGGAAGUACAAGAUCCCUGACGAUGUAGAUGUAGAUCCAGGUGCCAUCACUGCUUCUCUGUCCUCUGAUGGUGUGCUGACCAUCUGCACACCACGCCACCCCUUACGAAAAUUAACCAUGGUUUUACAAUAGUAAAACUGUAGUAAACCAUGA